GGCUGAUUAUCCGAGCUGCUCCAGGUAGCUCCCGUCGAUUCUUAAAAAGCUGUUCGAUCCCUCUCUUCUGCCGCAGAUUUGUUCCAAUUCCCCGUUCCUUCCAUCUCCAAACCAAGCUUCUCCUCAAUAAACAGACCAUAACGCCAAACACACGCAUUUCACAAACUCCAUCAUUCCUCACUACUUCCCAGAUCAUCAUCCCUGGGAACUCAACUGCACUGCACCAAACACCUACCAGUCUUCAGAUUCAAAACUACAUCACCACCCAUCAUGGCACACAAGACUUCUGCAGUGGCGGGCGAGGAGCCUGUCGACGUGCUCUUCGCCCUUCAUGACAAGUUCGACCUCAUGGACAUGGCUGGUCCCCUUGAGACACUCAAGUGCGCACUUCAUGACAAGAAUGAUCCCAACUCGCAGGCCUUUGAGAUCACCAUCGCUGCGGCAGAGCCUAAGGUUCUAUCCUCCCAAGGCGUCAUUAUCGGCUCGCAGAUCUCAUGGAAAGAGGCUCACGAGCGCCUCUCAGACUUCGACAUCCUCGUCAUCGUCGGCGGGAAUUCAGAUGCCAUAAUCAAGGCCAAGGCAGAGCCACUUGACCUCAUCACCAAGUUUUCUGAGAUCCAAAAGGAGGAUCCCACCCGGGAACGCACCAUCAUGUCGGUCUGCACCGGUUCUCUCUUCCUCGCCCAGCAGGGCAUUCUCGCUGGUCUGUCGGCUACUACCCACCCAGACUAUAUGACGGCCUUUGAGAACCUUUGCAGUCACGCUGCUGUGAGGAACGUGGCCGAGCGCACCGACGUUAUUGAGGACGCACGUUAUGUCGUCAACAACCUCCGUUUCGACAUUGGCGACGAGGACGAGAACCCAUAUGUCCACAGCAAGUCCGACGGCCGUCGCCCUUCCAAUGCCCGCAAAGGAAGCAUGUCAUUCAAGAGUGCCAACUCGCGUAGAGAGUCUAUCACACGGCGUGCAGCAAUGCGCCUCGGUGGCCUUCGUGUAAUUACGUGCGGGGGAGUCAGUGCUGGCGUUGAUGGGGCCUUGUAUCUCAUCAGCGCAUUGGUGUCAGACGAGGCCGCCGACGAAGCUGCCAGGGUGAUGCAGUGGACCUGGACAAAGGGACUUGUCAUUGACGGUCUGGAUGUCUAGGCAGUCUCGAGGGGUGUGAAAAAUGGCCCUGUUGCCGAAGAAGACGGCUGGACUGGCCAUGAUAGCUUAUAAGGUUUUUGCCAAGGACUGUUAGUGGACCUGAAGGACAUUUCCCCGAGAGACGCAAAGAAUAAAGAAGAAAAAAAAAGAUUGAAUUCAAACCUCGGUCCCCUCGUAGUUCAAUGUGAUGAAUUUAUAACGUAAGGAUCUGAGCAACUCGCGUACUCCCCAAGUGACGAGAACUGGCGUGUUAAAACACGUUGCCUAUAUG